UCUCAUCAGAGCGCACCUCCUCCUCCCCUUGCGCGAAUGGGCCUCCGCUUCGCCCACCUCGCCGGCGGGGUCGCCCGAGCCGCCUUCUCUCGCCGUGGGCCACACCUCUCCGCAGCGUGCGCCCACCGCGUGCUCGCCCCUCUCGCCUCGCCGGGUGAGCCAAGCGGCGGCAACUGGCUCAUCCCUGCCCGCGGCCACGGUGGCCACUCCCACCACCACGGCGAGGAAAGCGGCGAGGCAUCUGAGAAGAUCUUCCGCUUGGGCCUCGCUGCUGACGUCGUCCUCACCGUAGGGAAAGCCAUCACCGGUUACCUCUCCGGCAGCACGGCCAUCACCGCCGACGCCGCUCACUCCCUCUCUGACAUCGUGCUGAGCGGGGUGGCUCUGCUGUCGUACAAGGCGGCCAAGGUUCCUAGAGACAAGGAUCAUCCGUAUGGUCAUGGAAAGUUCGAGAGUUUAGGAGCUCUUGGAAUUUCAAGUAUGCUGUUGAUUACUGCAGGUGGGAUUGCCUGGCAUUCUUUUGAAGUUCUUCAGGGAGUUAUGUCUUCUGCUCCUGAUAUAAUUGGCAACAUAUCACAGAUGAAUCACAACCAUGGUAGUGGUGGGCAUAAUCAUGCAAUAGAUUUGGAACAUCCAGUCCUUGCAUUGAGUAUGACAACCUUAGCAAUAUCUAUCAAAGAAGGGCUCUAUUGGAUUACGAAAAGAGCUGGGGAGAAGGAAGGGAGUGGGCUGAUGAAAGCUAACGCAUGGCACCAUCGUGCGGAUGCUAUUUCAUCUGUUGUUGCCCUAGUAGGGGUAGGUGGCUCCAUUGUUGGAUUACCUUAUCUUGAUCCACUAGCUGGCCUUGUUGUCUCAGGCAUGAUUCUUAAAGCUGGUGUCCAGACAGGAUACGAGAGUACACUAGAGCUUGUUGAUGCAGCUGUUGAUCCAUCGCUUCUAGAACCAAUCAAGGAAACAAUUGUGAAGGUUGAUGGUGUAAAGGGGUGCCAUCGGUUGAGGGGAAGGAAAGCUGGGACCUCCUUGUAUCUUGAUGUGCAUAUCGAGGUAUAUCCUUUCUUGAGUGUCAGUGCAGCACAUGAUAUCGGGGAAACUGUCCGUCAUCAUAUACAGAAGACGCAUAAUCAAGUUGCCGAAGUUUUCAUACACAUAGACCCCUCAUAUUCAAUGGGUGCUAACGUGGACAAAAAAAGGAUUUUGGAGAACUUGGAGAGAAGAAAUUCAGACGUUAUUCCACGUCAACGAAGUGCAGAAGCUAUGGUGUCCGAUAUAAUUUCCUCCCACCUUCCAAAGAAAAUGUGUCUUGAACAUCUGAUGCUGCAUUACUUACAAGGACGGGUGUUGCUUCAGGUCCAAGUUUCAAUGUCUCCAGAAAUUUUGAUUCGGGAUGCGAUGGACAUCGCAAAAAAAGCCGAGGAGGAGAUCAUGAAGGCUGACGCCAGCAUAUGUCAAGUCAGCGUACAGCUGAGAUUGGGGCAACAAAUUGAGCAACUUCAGCUGGCCGCAAGCAAAAGCGGAGCAAACGAUCUACUCCCUCCGUUCGGAUUUAGAUGUUGUGGGGGUUCUAAAAUUUGAACUACGAAACAUUUAUAAGAAACCCCCUGCGCAUCUUCAAAUUGUACAAAAAUAGACGAUGACAGGCGUGCGCGGCUCGCGCUUGAAGAAUCGGCCGCCGGCGAGGCUACAGGCCAGUGGAGCUCCAGCCGCCGGCCUGAUCCCGAUCCUUAUCCCCUGCCAAAAAUCUCCUGAAGCUCCUCCGCUGCCUCCGGCCGUGGAUCAACGGAAUCGAGGCCAUCUCCUCCCACCACGACCGCCGCUGCCCCCACGAGCUCGACGCCGACGGCCGACCUCAGUCCUCCCCGAGCCAGUCCGAGCUCCCCCGCGCCGAGAGCUACGCCCGCCUCGAACCACGCUUGUCGGAAAGCCACGAAUCAACUUAAUCGCCACCGUCCCCUCCCAAUCCGGUCGCUGCUUGCCGCCGCUGAAGCUCGUCACGGUAGCUCCUCCGGUAAACAAAAACAGCGGCGCUCAUGCUUCUGCUUCUGCUUCUGCAGCCGGUCGAGCUCGUGCUUCUGCUUCUCCCUGCAGCCGGUGGAGCUCGAGCUGCUGCUGCUUCCCUGCCUUCGAGUUCUUCUCUGAAGAAGUUACAGGUUGCUGCUGCUGCUCCUUGCUCUGAAAUUUUCUCAAAGAAUCUGAAAUUGCUGCUGCUCCUUGCUCUGAAAAAACAUUCCCCACUGAAAGCAUUGGAAUGAAUCAUAUAAUAACCAGUACUAGAUUUUUUAGCCUCUGCCUCUGCUACUGAAAUCGAAACUUGAAAAUGAAAUUGAAUUGAAUUGGAGUAUUAAAUCA